GGACGGAAAUGACAAUGAUGGGGUUGCCCCCAUCCCAACCGCAGGUAGUUGAAAAAGCCUGCGCCUAAAAGGAGAUGAAAUAAUAAUGACAAAUAUUUUUAAUUUUAUAAUCUAUCGUAAGCAACAUAAUUUUAUAUUACUCCCAAAUCCCAGUAAGUAUUCUUUUUCACACUCCUUGGCUCAGAGGAAAGGAAAAUUACAUAUGAACCCCAAAAAUUUCAUUUCCGCUUCAAUAUCUGGCUUCCGAUUACUCUCUACAAAAACACGCGUGGCGAAUCGGAGUCCAUUUCAUUUCAACGUUUCAGCAACCUGGUGAUCUCCGUCGGCGGGAAAAUGAGGAAGGAAGACACUGUGAAGCUGAUCAGCGCAGAGGGCUUCGAAUUCGUGAUCGACAAGAGGGCUGCCAUGGUUUCUCAGACCAUCCGGAACAUGCUCACUUCUCCCGGGAGCUUUGCGGAAAGGGAACAUGGAGAAGUCACUUUCCCGGAGAUAAGCACCACCAUUCUUGAGAAGAUCUGCCAGUAUUUCUACUGGUCUCUUCAAUUUGCGAGUGGGAAGGAUACUGAGUUUCCGAUUGAACCUGAGCUUACUCUGGAGCUGAUGAUGGCUGCUAACUAUCUUCAUACUUGAGGGGAUCACUGUUUUUGCUUCUGGGGCCACAAGUCCCUUUGAAUGUUGGGGUCUUUACUGACUAACUGUUCAUUGGAGAUACAAUAGGACAGCUGUGUUGCCUCAGAAAGCUUUAAUAUCUGAAGAAUAAUCAGUUUCUUUUAAGUUGUAAUUGUUGCAUUAGAACAAUGUUAAGCAAGGGAUUGAUGUAGCCAAAGUGAAGGCAGUUGCAGGAGUAUGGCAUUGCAAUCGUGACUGACUAACUGAUGAUCAAUUCCUAAAAGAAGAAAGUUGCAACAUAA